AAACUAAUGAACUUAUUAACCCCAAGCAUGGCUGCUGCCACAGAGUCUGUUGGUUUUAUUAGAGAGAUAGAAUGUGGUGGAUCAGUUUUAAGACUCCAUCAGGACCUCGUGGGAGACGUUGGUUGUGUUGUUUGGGAUGCUGCUUUAGUUCUUGGUCGUUUUCUUGAGAAUGAAACAUUCUUUAAGUCAGGUUAUUGGUCCUGUGGUAAAAGAGUCAUUGAAUUAGGAUCAGGUACUGGAGCUGUUGGGCUAAUGGCUGCACUAUUGGGAGCUGAUGCAACCAUUACUGAUCUUCCAAAGUGUCUACCACUAAUGGAGAAGAACAUUGAAGCGAAUAAAGAUAUACUAACAGCAGCUAACAAAGCAUUAAAGAUUAAAGCUAAAGUAUUGAUAUGGGGUCAAGAUGUCUCAGUGUUCAAGCCUUGCCCUGAUGUUAUACUAAUGGCCGACCUCAUCUAUUAUAAAGAGUCAUUGGAUGAUCUAGUGACUACAGUAACUGAUUUAUCAGAGGAUGAUACAGUCAUACUGAUGAGCUAUGAAAUAAGAACGACUGGAGACAAGGAACAAACUUACAAGCUGUUCUUUGAUAAAAUGGAGUCGCAUUUCAAUAGUUAUACUGUUGAGUUCGAUGAUCUUGAUGAAACCUGUCGCAGUGAAGACAUUAAAAUUGUUUUCUUUAAAUUAAAGAAAUAAAAAAUUAAUUAUUAUUAUUCAAAUUAUUUGAUGUUUAAUCAUUUUUGUGUUAAUUUUUGUACAUCAGAACAUUACAUUUUAA